CUCCGCGCAGUCAGCUGAGCCUCCGCGGCCGCCGGAGCCCGCGGCCCCCCCGCCCGCUCUACCCCCCCCCCCAAUCCACGUCCCCGUCCCUCCCUCCGCAUCCUUGAGCCGCCACCCGCAGCCUCGCCCGGGUCUGUGUGUGUGUGUGCCCCCCUCCCCCCAAAUCCUUCCCCAUCCGCUGCGGACCCCCCCUGGCACGGAGACAUGGCCCCCAUCGGACUCAAGGCCGUGGUGGGAGAAAAGAUUAUGCACGAUGUGAUCCGGAAAGUGAAGAAGAAGGGGGAAUGGAAGGUGCUGGUGGUGGACCAGCUCAGCAUGCGGAUGCUCUCCUCCUGCUGCAAGAUGACAGACAUCAUGACUGAGGGCAUCACAAUUGUUGAAGACAUCAACAAGCGUCGGGAGCCCCUGCCCAGCCUGGAGGCUGUCUAUCUGAUCACCCCCUCUGAGAAGUCCAUCCACUCCCUCAUCAAUGACUUCAAGGAUCCCCCCACCUCCAAGUACAGAGCUGCCCACGUCUUCUUCACUGACUCCUGCCCUGAUGCCCUCUUCAACGAGCUGGUGAAAUCCCGUGCUGCCAAGGUCAUCAAAACCCUGACAGAGAUCAACAUUGCCUUCCUCCCCUCUGAGUCCCAGGUUUACUCCCUGGAUUCAGCUGACUCCUUCCAAAGCUUUUACAGCCCCCACAAGGCUCAGAUGAAGAACCCCAUCCUGGAGCGCCUGGCUGAGCAGAUUGCCACUCUCUGUGCCACUCUGAAGGAGUACCCAGCCGUGCGGUACAGGGGGGAUUACAAGGACAAUGCCAUGCUGGCACAACUCAUCCAGGACAAGCUGGAUGCCUACAAGGCUGAUGACCCCACCAUGGGCGAGGGUCCGGACAAGGCUCGUUCCCAGCUCCUCAUCCUGGACCGUGGCUUUGAUCCUGCUUCCCCAGUGCUGCAUGAGCUGACCUUCCAGGCAAUGAGCUAUGACCUGCUGCCCAUCGAGAACGAUGUCUACAAGUACGAGACGAGUGGCAUCGGGGAAGCCCGGAUUAAGGAGGUUCUCCUGGAUGAGGACGAUGACCUCUGGGUCACCUUGCGCCACAAACACAUCGCUGAGGUGUCCCAGGAGGUGACCCGCUCCCUGAAGGAAUUCUCUUCAAGCAAGAGGAUGAACACGGGUGAUAAGACCACCAUGAGAGACCUGUCCCAGAUGCUGAAGAAGAUGCCCCAGUACCAGAAGGAGCUCAGCAAGUAUUCCACCCACCUGCACCUGGCUGAGGACUGCAUGAAGCACUACCAGGGCACAGUGGACAAGCUCUGCAGGGUUGAACAGGACUUGGCCAUGGGCACUGAUGCUGAAGGUGAGAAGAUCAAGGACCCCAUGAGGGCCAUUGUCCCCAUCCUGCUGGAUGGGAAUGUCAGCACCUAUGACAAGAUCCGCAUCAUCUUGCUCUACAUCUUCCUGAAGAAUGGGAUCACCGAGGAGAACCUGAACAAGCUGAUCCAGCAUGCUCAGAUCCCAGCAGAGGACAGCGAGAUCAUCACCAACAUGGCCCACCUUGGGGUGCCCAUCAUCACAGACUCCACCCUGCGGCGCCGGAGCAAGCCGGAGCGCAAGGAGCGGAUCAGUGAGCAGACCUACCAGCUCUCCAGGUGGACCCCUGUCAUCAAGGACAUCAUGGAGGAUGCCAUCGAUGACAAGCUGGACACCAAGCACUACCCCUACAUCUCCACCCGCUCCUCUGCCUCCUUCAGCACCACGGCUGUCAGUGCACGCUAUGGCCACUGGCACAAGAACAAAGCCCCCGGGGAGUACCGCAGUGGCCCCCGCCUCAUCAUCUUCAUCCUGGGUGGGGUCAGCAUGAACGAGAUGCGCUGCGCCUACGAGGUGACACAAGCCAGCGGCAAGUGGGAGGUGCUAAUAGGUUCUACUCACAUUCUCACUCCCACCAAAUUUCUCAUGGACCUGAGGCACCCCGACUUCAGGGACUCCACUAGGGUAUCAUUUGAGGAUCAGGCUCCAGCAAUGGAGUGAGCCAAAGAAACCAAGGUCCACGCACAUCCUCACCCCACAGAAACUGCUGGACACGCUGAAGAAGCUCAACAAAACAGAGGAGGAGAGCAGCAGUUAGAGGACACGCUGCCUGCCACCCACUCGAUGCCGAACCCAACCCCCCCUGGCCGGGCACCUGCACCCAGCCCCGGCCCAGCUUUCUCUUGUUCUUGUGUUGAAACUCCUCCCCACCCCACCCACCGCAUCCUUCCCGGUCUCAUUUUAUCCACAGGGAGGGGACAACAGCCGGAAAAAAAACCAAACAACAAACAAACAAAACCAACCAAACAAAAUAUAUGUGUAUAUAAAAUAUUAAGGAAACGGAUGCAUUGUGUUUCAAAGGAAAAGAGGAACAAAAACAAUCCAUACAUUGUAGCUGCAGCUGUCCCAAGCACCCAGGAGCUCACUGCUGAGUAACCCACCUGCCCAUUGCUAGCGAAUGAUGGUGACAAAAUCAACAACAAAAACCCCAAACAAACCCUUUUUCCAAAAAUUCCCUCCCUCCUUGGGGUCCCAUGUGGAUGGAUGGACAGAUGGACAGACACCCCACCCCACCCCCCCUGUGGCUUCAGCCCCUGCCUGGGCUGGGCUCUCUCUCAGCCUGGGGGGGGAAGGGAGGGUUGUCUUUCCCCACCACCUUCUUCUGGCCCGUGUGUUUUUGGGGUGGUGGGUGCUCCCACCAGAUGUGCACACCAACAUCUGGGGGGAGUUGGAGGGGUGGUGAACCCGAGCUGCUUCCCACUGCAACAGUUCCCAUGUGAAAAAGGGACCAAAAUGGUCAAAACCUGGAGCUGGGGCCCAUUGCCUCCCCCUCCCCCUCCAAGUAUUCCUGAAAAUGCAUAAAUAUAUAUAUAUAUAAAAUAAAGCAGCAUGUAUAUAUAUAUGUAUGCAUCUCUGAACCCUCCCAGUGCAGCUCCCAGUGUUGUCCUGUGGUGAAGCGUUCCCAAAUGUGCUGUCACCCUGAGACACCCCCCCAGAACCCUCCAGGACCCACCCCCCCUUCCCUUCCUCCAGACUCUGUGUAUAUUAAUGACUGUGUCUUGUGACGUUCUUACAAGCUUGGUGUAUAGUGAUUUAACCAAACCUGGGGUUUUCAGUUGGGUUGUUUGGUUUGGGGUUUUUUGUUUCUUUUUUUUUAAUUAUUAAUAUUAUUUGUAAAACCCCACCCCAAGUAUUGCUCCCCUCCCCUGCCAUUAGAUGCACUGCAAUAUUUUGGGGUCCAUCGUUCUGUUCUCUUCCUCCUCAAGGCUGUGAAUCCCUUUUUCCUUCCCCAAAAUAUUUCUUGCCUCAUUGGUGGUUAUUCCCCCACCCUUCCCUUCCCAUCUGUUCCUUGCCCAGAAAGUUAAAUAUAUAUUUUUAGGGCAAAGGCUGUAUCAUUGCACUGAUAUUUGUUGGUUCCUCCUUGGUCCUCCCACCCCGUUUGAGUUACCUCUUGGUUUAGCAAUGCAAAUGCUUCAGGAUCUUGUAUGUUGGACGUUAUUUUUUUUUUUCUGUUACAGUUAUUUAUAUAAAAAAAAUAAUUUAUCAAAAAGGAAAACUUAAAAAAAAAAACAACAACAAAAAAACCAAACAACUAAUAAUAAUCUAGUCUGUCUUGGAACUUGUUUACCUUGAGAUUACUGGAAUCUAAAUGUUUGAAAGUGUUGAAGCACAACCAUGUAUCAUCUCUGUAUAUCUGUUCUUCUGUACUAAAGCACUCGAGUGACUCAAUAAAAGCGAUCUCCAUCCCUCGUGCA